UUACUUCUCCUAAGGUCUCUGACACUGUUGUUGAGCCAUAUAAUGCAACGCUCUCUGUGCAUCAGCUCGUUGAAAACGCUGACGAGUGUAUGGUUCUCGACAAUGAGGCUCUCUACGACAUCUGCUUCCAUACCCUCAAGCUUUCUAACCCCUCCUUUGGUGAUCUGAACCAUCUCAUCUCGGCUACAAUGAGUGGUGUUACAUGCUGUCUUUGUUUCCCUGGUCAACUCAACUCCGACCUUAGGAAGCUCGCUGUGAACCUGAUCCCUUUCCCAAGGCUCCACUUCUUCAUGGUGGGUUUUGUUCUGUUGACAUCGAGAGGAUCACAGCAAUACAGUGCCUUCAGUGUCCCUGAGCUGACCCAGCAGAUGUGGGUUGCGAAGAACAUGAUGUGCGCUGCUGACCCUCGUCACGGACGUUACUUAACUGCAUCCACUGUGUUCCAUGGAAAGCUGAGCACUAAGGAGGUUGAUGAGCAGAUGAUGAACAUCCAGAACAAGAACUCAUCCUACUUUGUGGAAUGGAUCCCGAACAACGUCAAGUCCAGCGUCUGUGACAUUGCAACAUUAACUCUUAUAAUAUUUUUAUAAACUAUUAUAUACAGAUUUAUAAGCCUCUAUAAAAUUUUAUAAGACUUCAUAAAAGAAUUACCUUUUGAAAUUCUACAAUUCCUCAUAAAUGAUUUUAUAAACCCUUAUAAAUAAUUUUAAACAUUCUUAUAAAUGAUUUAUAGACCCUUAUAAAAGUUUCUAUAUAUUCAUAUAAAUGAUUUUUAAGACUUUAUAAAUGAAAUUACCUUUCUAAAUAUUUAUAAAUGAUUUUAUAAAACCUUAUAAAUAUUUGGUAUAUUCUUAUAAGUGAUUUUAUAAAGGUUUAUAAAUCAUUUAUAGGAAUAUAUAUAAACUAUUGAUAAAGGUUUAUAAAUGAUUUCUAAAUUUUCAUAAAUGAUUUAUAAACAUUUAUAAAUUAUUUAUUAUCUUUAUAAAGCCUUAUAAGGAUUUUAUUAUGAUGAUAUAAUUUGAUAUGGUUUCUCUGUCUCUUCUUUAUAAAACAAUUAUAUCAUUUCUCAGCAAACAGAGGUACAUCAUUAACAUCAUCCACAAUCAACUAAAGGAUAUAUAUAUAGACUCGGUAAGGUUCAAUCAUGAUUCAUGAGCAAAUCUACACUCAAGAACGAUUCAACAUCCAGAAAUAUUCUAUAAUUCACCACAAAACAGCCACGAAGAUCGUCUGAUCCACAUCUAAAGCCGCCUCCGGAGACUUCUCCAACACUCCCCAUUCUUCUUUGAGACACUCGCUCUUAUUCUUAGCUAAGAACGCAACGAUAUACAGCAAACUCAAUAUCCCCACGAACCUCUGCUGCCUCAUCUCUCUGUUUUCCACCACAUGAGAAAUAUAUAUAAACUAUUGAUAAAGGUUUAUAAAUGAUUUCUAAAUCUUCAUAAAUUAUUCAUAAACAUUUAUUAAUUAUUUAUAAUCCUUAUAAAGCCUUAUAAACUGAUUUUAUAAACUCUUAUAAAUGAAUUAUACUUUAAUAAUAUAUUUAAAAAACUUUAUAGACUGAUUUUAUAAAGUCUUAUUAAUUGUUUUAUAAACCAUUAUAAAUAAUCUUUUAUUUAUUAUAAUAAUUUACAAACAUUUAUAUUAGAAUUAUAGACACUUGCUUUAUGAAUAUUUUACUACUAAAUGUUUGUAAAGAUUUAUAAACUCUUGAAAAAGAUUUAUUAACUCUUAUAAAUUGUGGUAUGAAGAUUAUUAAACUCUUAUAAUAUUUUUAUAAACCCUUAUAUACAGAUUCAUACACUUUUAUAAAUAUAUUUAUAAAACCUUAUAAAUGAUUUAUAAGUUCUUAUAAAUAGUUUUAUAAACCCUUAUAAGAGGUUUCUAACAUGCAAGAUAAUAUAGAUUAGCUAGAGCCCAAGCUGCAGCAAGACUACCUUCCUUUCCCUUGUAUCAGAACUUUGAAAUUGAUCAACCUUCUCAGUGGGAAGAUAAGGGCCAGUUUCAUCCAUCCUAGGACCAACAGAGCCUCUCUCACGUUUGUCUAACAGAUGCUGGAGAAGGAGGAACAUGCGAGUGGUUCCUGUUUGCGUUUCAAGGAGCUUUGUUUUCCUUCAUUGUUCCGUUUGCAAAUGAACAUCCCACAUAGAACUUAUCCGAAAGACCAUCUUCUGGAUCUUUAGAUUCCACUUCUGCUAACAUCUCAACGGCUCUGUCGUAAGACUUCAUGAACGGUUCAUCUCCGAACUCAAUCUCUGCAGAAGAAUAUCUCACAGCAUCAAUCAGAGAUUUAGCUUCUGGGAUUCGACCCAUACGCAUCAAGCAGAUGGCCAGGUUGCACUGUUUGUUUUUGUCUGGCUCCAAACACAAAGCUCUC